CCGUGGGCACCUCUCGCGGGCCGAUUCCUGUACGCUCAUCCUCUAGAUUCCGACGGCACCUGAAUGCGCCGCGGACGCACCACCACCAUCAGCAUCAUCACCAUCCAGUGCGGGACGCGUCACGGUGACGUCCUGCGCGGUGCGGGGUUAAAGUCGGACGCCCUUUGCCGUCAAACACCACCGCGAUAGUUGCGAUAUAUAUUCUCUUUAUGUGAUCGGCUGCUCCGGAGGCUGGGAGAGACGCGGCAGGAUGCAGCGGAGCGCAGUGGUCGUGGUGGCGGAUAAAACCACCCUGAAGAGGCCGUUCAUCUUCGCCAACGCCGUGCAUAUGGCGCUGUGCUUCUUCAUGCUGACGAUGACGGUCGCCUGGCACAGAGACCUCGUACAGACCGGCAAACUGGUGUCCAAUGUCUCUGUGGUGUUGAUGUACGUCAUAGAAAUCGGCUGCCUGCUGCUCUCAGUGCUCGGUGUGUUUGGAGCCUGGAAAGGGAAGAGGUGGUGUUUGAUUCUGUACGCAACUGGGAUGGCGGCUGCCAGUCAAACGAUAAUUGUCAGAACAGCACUAAGUUACCAAGACAUUUACGAGAAGCGUGUGGUCCGUGAAGAGACCAAGCUGCUGUCCCUGAUGCCGCUCAGUGCAACCAGCAAAGCCAACAGGACCCUGCUGUACAGUAUUCAAGAAGAAUUUGAGUGCUGUGGUCUUAUCGAGGGCUACAAAGACUGGGGCUCCUUCAUCCCGGCCUCUUGCAACUGUCAGUAUCCAGGAAAAUGCAUUCGACUGCGGGGCAGUGCCACACUUGGGGCUCCAAAGAACCAGUAUGUUUAUCAAGAGCCUUGUCUGCCGAUCUACGUUUCUGAACUGAAGCUUGCAUUCUCACUGACCAUGGCGAUACAAUUUGGAAGUGGAGUGUUUUGGAUGGUUUUACUUGUCAUGAGCGUCAAGCUGAUGGGCCAGAUAAAAAGGAAACAGGAGUUCAUGGCUCUUCUCCACUCAAACAGAUAUGUUCCCGGUGCCUUCUAGUAUCCUUGUACAUUUUAAGAACAUAUUUAAAAAUCAUUAUCAAGCGUAACUUGUUUGAAUUUGCACAUGUAAACACAUUACGCUGUAUAUCAUAACCUGGCUAUAUUUUACUUUGUGCUAUAGCGACACAUGUUGAAUUAAGAUUUUUCGCAGUGAUAAUGCAUGUAACCGAUGUUAUAAUCUACAUGCAUAGAUCAAUUUCAAAAUCCUUUUUUUUCUUGCCUUACUGCUGUGAAAAAAAUGCAGUCUAAUUAAAUUAACUAAUCUUUAAUAAUAAUAAUAAUAAUAAUAUUUUCCACAAUUGCUUUUAUGCAUUUCUCUGAAUUUAAAUGAAUAUCUAACCAAGCAUUACCAAGCCAUCUGUUUUUCUGGCAUUUUGUUAUUUACAGUAUGUGUCGUCUUAACUGGAUAAUAUUCUUUGAAAAUGCAGAUAUUUAUCCAAUCACAUCAACUGUACUUGGCAUUCUCAAACAUAGGCACGUGACACAUUUUUUUUGUUUGUCAACCGGACCAACGUCUUUUAAACAUACAUAUUCAAAUAUUUGUACUGAUCUUAAGCACACGCAUUGAAUUUCCAAUAUGUUUGAACAAAAAAUAAUUAUCUAAUAAUCCUUAUGUAGCAUCUUUCUUAAAACAGUGUUUACAAAGUGCUUUGAUUGAAAUAUGAUUUAUUACGGAGCAAUGUAUUUUCUCGGGUAAAUAAUCAGGUCAGACAAAGGAAUGAGUCCAAGCUCUCAACGGGAUACCAGAAUGUCUUGAUAUGCACAUCAUUCGAAACUUCAUCUCUUCAUUCUGUUUUUUCUCAAAGCACAUGUAGUGAGUAAGGGGGGGGGGGGGUUCUGUUUGGUAGCACGUUCAGUAGACAAACCUGUAAAAUCCUCCAUUAUUUCUGCCUCUGAAAUCUGAUUUCGGCGAGGCCACUGCAGACGUGGGCUGUGAUCGGCUCCCGAGGGAAAAUGUGUCACCAGUAUUUUUUGCAGAGGCUGUUACUGCGCUGACGCCGCUCUCAUCGUAGGAGCCUUCACGCCACGUCACUUCCAAACACGACUUGCUGCAUGAGCUGCCCGCAGUUGAAAUGUCUUCUUGACUAAUGCAUUGUCAAAACGAAUUUCAUCGGAAACGGCAGAACCAAUGUCUACCUGUGCACUUUAACCAUUAAUGCCUAAUAUACAUGUUCUGUAAAGUAUGGUACUUUUAUUUCUGUCAUACACUGUUUUUUAUUUAUUUAUUUAUGGAAUGAAGUAAUGUAAUAUUUUGUAAAUAGGAAUAAACAAUGGGAUUCUUGUUUCGUUGAA